AAUUUGAGAGGCAGAGACAGAGAGCCUUGGUUCCCUGGUUUACUCCUCCAGUGCCCUCAAUAGGCAGGGCAGAACUAGGCCACAGCCGGAGCUGAAAACUCAGCCCCGGUCUCGCCAGCUGUCUCCCAGAGCCCACACUGACAGGAUGCUGGAAUCAGGAGCUGAGACCAUGUAUUGAAUCCAGGCUCUUUGAUAUGGGACAAAGGAGUCUAAAAUGCUAGGCCAAAUCUGCCCUCAAUGACUUUUUUUUUUUUUUUUUAGUUUAUUUUUAUUUAUGUGAAGGGCAGAGCAAUGCAAAGAUUUUCCAUCUGCUUAUUCACUUCCCUAAUGCCCACAAUAGAUAGGCCUGGGCAGGUGGAAGCCAGUAGCCAAGAUCUCCAUGCAGUUCUCCCAUCUGGGUAACAGAAACCCCAGUACUUAGACCAUAAUCUGUAUUUCCCAGACACAUUAACAGGAAGCUGGCUCAAAAGCAGAGGCAGAACCCCAUAUCAGGUACUCCAAUACUGGCAUGAAGUUUUCCCAAACUGGUGGCUUAACCCACUGUGCCACAUUGCCUGCCCCUGUAUUUGGCUUUCUGGAACACAAAUAGUUAAUAGAGUGGACUUAGCACUUAAAAUAAAGAAUAUGAUUACAUAAAAAUUCAAUGUUUUCAUGGUGAAAAGGAGAAAUGCUGGAUUCUCUUCCCUUGUCUUCAUUUCUGGCCAGGCACUGUGGUACAGCAGGUUGACCUGCCACUUGUGACCCUGGCAUCUCAACUGAGUCCCAGUUCAAGUUCUGGCUGCUCCACUUUAGUGCCCAAGAGAGCAGAGGAUGAUGGCCCAAGUACUUGGGCCCCUGCACCCAUGUGAGUUCCAGGCUCCUGGCUUCAGCAUGGCCCAGCCCCAGUCAAUUGAGGCCUUUUGAGUAGUGAACCAGCAGAUGGAAGGUUGUUUUCUGUCUUUCCCUCUCUCUGUGUCUAACUCUGCUUGUCAAAUUAAAUAAAUAAAUAGGUCUUUAGAAAGAAUACCUUUCUGACUUAGUGCAGUCAGAGUAGGGAUAGUACUUAGAUGAGAUUAGGAGUUUUAAUCAGAAGCCACAAAUAAAUGCCCGCAGGGGUAGCAGGGAAGCGUAAUGAAUGAUGGAAACCGUAGUAAAUACGUGAUUUUGUACCCUUCCUUAGACACCUUUACAUUUUCGUUUUCAUGUUUGUUUUAGAACCCUGAGUUGAUCAAACCAGACAACUCUACAGCCUGAUUUCUGGCCUGCUAGCUUAUAGCUGUGCCUCCAGCAACUGAGACUUAAAACCUCCUUUUUACUCUUGACUUCUUAGAGCCCAAAGGGAUGAGACCCUGUUGCUACUCAAAUAACCCUGGAAUUUGAGGGGCCCAUUAGCCAUGUAAUGAAGGAUUUGGGGGGAUUCAUAACAAUUAACAGUGCUGGUAAUAGCACUUAGUGUUCUUUCGGGCCAGUGUUCUAUUCCAGUUUUUAUUGCCCAGCUGGCUUGAAUCAUAAAGAAAAGUUUAAAACACUUACAUACUCUCCGUUCAAAUCUAGUAGUUGUUAACGUAGUCACAUCUUGAUUUCACACAUAAUUCACAUAUAUUCAGUGUUGAACCAAAAGUUUCCAAGCAUCAUGACACUUCACCUUAAAUAAUUCUACAAGUGUUUUUGUUUUUAAAGUGUAGUCCCCUGUACAACCAUAAUAUCAUCACCUCCAAGCAAAAGAAUAUUAACUGUUCAAUAGUAUCUUCUAACUGUUUGUUUACAGGUUUUUCCAAACUUGUUUUUUAUUUGUUCACAGUAUGAUACCAUUUCUAUAAAAUAUAAAGCAUGAGAAACACCAGUAUUGCUUAGGGAUGAAUUCAAAUACAGCGACAUAUAAAGAUGUACAUGAAUAUAAACCACAACACUUCAGGAUCCCAGUAUGAAAAUCCCCAGCGGGGACCUCUGUCUUCUGCGAGUGACCCUAGCACAAACUGUAAGAAUGCUGUUGUAAACGACUUGUCAGAAAAAGAAGCAUGGCCCUCAGUCUCUGGCAGUGAUCCAGAGUCAGCUUCAGAAUGCAUGGAUGCUGCUUCUGCCUCCAGUUCUGAAUCAGAGAGAAACAUCACUAUCAUGGCUUCAGGGAGCACAGGUGGUGAAAAAGAUGGCCUUCGGAAUAGCACUGGACUUGGUUCUCAAAACAAGUUUGUGGUUGGUAGCAGCAGCAGCAGCAGCAAUAAUGUGGGCCAUGGAAGUAGUACUGGGCCAUGGGGUUUUUCCCAUGGGGCCAUAAUAAGCACAUGUCAGGUCUCUGUGGAUGCUCCUGAAAGCAAAUCAGAAAGUAGCAACAAUAGAAUGAAUGCUUGGGGCACUGUAAGUUCUUCAUCAAAUGGAGGGUUAAAUCCAAGCACUUUGAAUUCAGCUAGCAACCAUGGUGCCUGGCCAGUAUUAGAGAACAAUGGACUUGCCCUAAAAGGGCCUGUAGGGGGUGGUGGUUCUGGCAUCAAUAUUCAGUGCAGUACCAUAGGCCAGAUGCCCAACAAUCAGAGUAUUAACUCUAAAGUGAGUGGUUCUUCUACCCAUGGUACCUGGGGAAGCCUUCAGGAAACUUGUGAAUCUGAAGUAAGUGGUACACAGAAGGUUUCAUUCAGUGGUCAGCCUCAGAAUAUCACCACUGAAAUGACUGGACCAAAUAACACUACUAACUUUAUGACCUCUAGUUUACCAAACUCCGGUUCAGUACAGAAUAAUGAACUGCCUAGUAGUAAUACAGGGGCCUGGCGUGUGAGCACAAUGAAUCAUCCUCAGAUACAGGCUCCAUCAGUUAUGAAUGGCACUUCCCUUUCUCAUCUUAGCAAUGGAGAGUCAAAAAGUGGAGGCUCUUAUGGUACUACAUGGGGUGCCUAUGGUUCUAAUUACUCUGGAGACAAAUGUUCCGGCCCGAACGGCCAAGCUAAUGGUGACACUGUGAAUGCAACUCUAAUGCAGCCUGGCAUAAAUGGGCCUAUGGGCACUAACUUUCAAGUUAACACAAAUAAAGGAGGAGGAGUGUGGGAGUCUGGGGCAGCGAAUUCCCAGAACACAUCAUGGGGAAGUGGAAAUGGUGCGAAUUCUGGAGGAAGUCGAAGAGGAUGGGGAACCCCUGCACAAAACACUGGCACUAACAUACCCAGCGUUGAGUGGAACAAACUGCCUAGCAAUCAGCAUUCCAAUGACAGUGCAAAUGGCAAUGGGAAGAAGUUUACAAAUGGAUGGAAAUCUACUGAGGAAGAGGAUCAGGGUUCUGCCACAUCUCAGACAAAUGAGCAAAACAGUGUGUGGGCCAAAACAGGAGGUACAGCGGAGAGUGAUGGUAGUACAGAAAGCACUGGACGCCUUGAAGAUAAAGUAACUGGGGAAAGUCAGAGUAGAGAUAGAAGAAAAAUGGAUCAGCACACAUUACUCCAAAGCAUUGUAAACAGAACUGACUUAGAUCCACGUGUCCUAUCCAACUCUGGUUGGGGACAGACUCCUAUUAAGCAGAAUACUGCCUGGGAUACUGAAACAUCACCUAGAGGGGAACGAAAGACUGACAAUGGGACAGAGGCCUGGGGGAGCUCUGCAACACAGACUUUUAACUCAGGGGCAUGUAUAGAUAAGACUAGCCCUAAUAGUAAUGAUACCUCAUCUGUAUCGGGGUGGGGCGAUCCCAAACCUGCUCUGAGGUGGGGAGAUUCCAAAGGCUCAAACUGCCAGGGGGGGUGGGAAGAUGAUUCUGCUGCUACAGGAAUGAUCAAGAGCAAUCAAUGGGGGAAUUGCAAGGAAGAGAAGUCCGCAUGGAAUGAUUCGCAAAAGAACAAACAGGGAUGGGGUGAUGGACAAAAAUCAAACCAAGGUUGGUCUGUUUCUGCCAGUGAUAACUGGGGAGAAACUUCUAGGAGUAACCAUUGGGGUGAGGCCAAUAAGAAAUCCAGCUCAGGAGGGAGUGACAGUGACAGAUCCGUUUCUGGUUGGAAUGAACUUGGUAAAACUAGUUCUUUUACUUGGGGAAAUAACAUAAAUCCAAAUAAUUCAUCAGGAUGGGAUGAAUCUUCUAAACCUAAUCCUUCCCAGGGAUGGGGAGACCCUCCAAAGUCUAAUCAGUCUCUAGGUUGGGGAGAUUCAUCAAAGCCAGUCAGUUCUCCAGACUGGAACAAGCAACAAGACCUUGUUGGAUCUUGGGGAAUCCCACCAGCCCCCAGCAAACCUCCUGGUACAGGCUGGCUGGGGGGACCUAUACCAGCCCCAACAAAAGAAGAAGAACCCACAGGCUGGGAGGAACCAUCCCCAGAAUCUAUACGACGCAAAAUGGAGAUUGACGAUGGAACUUCAGCUUGGGGAGAUCCAAGCAAAUACAACUACAAAAAUGUGAACAUGUGGAACAAAAACGUCCCAAAUGGCAGCAGCCGCUCAGACCAGCAAGCCCAGGUACAUCAGCUGCUGCCAACUGCAAGUGCCAUCUCAAACAAAGAGGCGAGCAGUGGCUCUGGCUGGGGUGAGCCCUGGGGGGAGCCUUCUACUCCAGCCACAACUGUGGAUAAUGGUACUUCAGCAUGGGGUAAACCCAUCGACAGUGGUCCCAGCUGGGGGGAACCCAUUGCUGCGGCAUCCAACCCAUCCACGUGGGGCUCCAGCUCUGUUGGUCCACAAGCAUUAAGCAAAUCUGGGCCAAAAUCUAUGCAAGAUGGCUGGUGUGGUGAUGAUAUACCAUUGCCUGGAAAUCGCCCCACUGGCUGGGAAGAAGAGGAGGAUGUCGAGAUUGGAAUGUGGAAUAGUAAUUCAUCUCAAGAGCUCAACUCAUCUUUAAAUUGGCCACCAUACACAAAGAAAAUGUCAUCGAAGGGUCUGAGUGGCAAAAAAAGGAGAAGGGAAAGGGGAAUGAUGAAAGGUGGAAACAAACAAGAAGAUGCAUGGAUAAAUCCAUUUGUUAAACAGUUUUCAAAUAUCAGUUUUUCGAGAGACUCACCAGAAGAAAAUGUACAGAGCAAUAAGAUGGACCUUUCUGGAGGAAUGUUACAAGAAAAGCGAAUGGAAAUAGAUAAACAUAGCCUAAAUAUUGGUGAUUACAAUCGAACGGUCGGGAAAGGCCCUGGUUCUCGGCCUCAGAUUUCCAAAGAGUCUUCCAUGGAGCGCAGUCCUUAUUUUGAUAAGGAUGGCAUUGUAGCAGAUGAAUCCCAAAACAUGCAGUUUAUGUCCAGUCAAAGCAUGAAGCUUCCCCCUUCAAAUAGUGCACUACCUAACCAGGCCCUUGGCUCCAUAGCAGGGCUGGGUAUGCAAAACUUGAAUUCUGUUAGACAGAAUGGCAAUCCCAGUAUGUUUGGUGUUGGAAACACAGCAGCACAACCCCGGGGCAUGCAGCAGCCUCCAGCACAACCUCUUAGUUCAUCUCAGCCUAAUCUCCGUGCUCAAGUGCCUCCUCCAUUACUCUCCCCUCAGGUUCCAGUUUCAUUGCUGAAGUAUGCACCAAACAACGGUGGCCUGAAUCCGCUCUUUGGCCCUCAGCAGGUAGCCAUGCUGAACCAGCUAUCCCAACUAAACCAGCUUUCUCAGAUCUCCCAGUUACAGCGAUUGUUAGCACAGCAGCAAAGGGCGCAGAGUCAGAGAAGCGUGCCUUCUGGUAACCGGCAGCAGCAAGACCAGCAGGGUCGACCUCUUAGUGUGCAGCAGCAAAUGAUGCAGCAGUCUCGUCAACUCGAUCCAAACCUGUUGGUGAAGCAACAGACCCCGCCAUCUCAGCAGCAGUCACUCCAUCAGCCAGCCAUGAAGUCUUUCCUUGAUAAUGUCAUGCCCCACACUACACCUGAGCUGCAAAAAGGGCCAUCACCAAUAAAUGCUUUCAGCAACUUCCCUAUAGGCUUGAACUCAAACUUGAAUGUAAAUAUGGAUAUGAACAGUAUUAAAGAGCCACAGUCAAGACUAAGGAAGUGGACUACAGUGGACAGCAUUUCUGUGAACACAUCUUUGGAUCAAAACUCCAGCAAACAUGGUGCUAUUUCAAGUGGUUUCCGGCUGGAAGAGUCUCCAUUUGUUCCCUAUGACUUUGUGAACAGCAGUACUUCACCAGCCAGUCCUCCAGGUUCAAUAGGAGAUGGCUGGCCACGUGCCAAAUCGCCUAAUGGCUCUAGCAGUGUUAAUUGGCCACCAGAAUUUCGCCCUGGUGAACCAUGGAAAGGUUAUCCAAACAUUGACCCCGAAACUGACCCUUACGUCACUCCUGGCAGUGUCAUAAACAAUCUUUCAAUUAAUACUGUGCGGGAAGUUGACCACCUCAGGGACAGGAACAGUGGGUCAUCCUCAUCCUUGAACACCACGCUGCCUUCAACUAGUGCCUGGUCAUCCAUUCGUGCCUCCAACUACAACGUUCCCCUCAGCAGUACAGCACAAAGCACUUCAGCCAGAAAUAGUGAUUCCAAAUUGACGUGGUCUCCUGGUUCAGUCACAAACACCUCUCUGGCCCAUGAGCUGUGGAAGGUCCCUUUGCCACCUAAAAACAUCACUGCUCCGUCCCGCCCGCCUCCGGGCCUGACUGGUCAGAAGCCAGCCUUGUCUGCGUGGGACAAUUCUCCCCUUCGUGUGGGUGGAGGAUGGGGAAAUUCUGACGCCAGAUACACCCCAGGUUCCAGCUGGGGUGAGAGCAGCUCAGGGAGAAUAACAAAUUGGCUUGUUCUAAAAAACCUUACACCUCAGAUCGAUGGCUCAACUCUGCGCACCCUGUGCAUGCAGCAUGGCCCGCUCAUCACAUUCCACCUGAACCUCCCACAUGGAAACGCGCUGGUCCGUUACAGUUCAAAAGAAGAGGUAGUGAAGGCACAAAAGUCUCUGCACAUGUGUGUACUGGGGAACACUACUAUUCUUGCUGAGUUUGCCAGUGAAGAGGAGAUCAGUCGUUUCUUUGCACAAAGUCAGUCUCUGACCCCUUCUCCUGGCUGGCAGUCUCUCGGGUCCAGCCAGAGCCGGCUGGGCUCCCUCGACUGUUCCCACUCGUUCUCCAGCCGGACCGAUCUCAAUCACUGGAAUGGUGCUGGGCUGUCGGGAACUAACUGUGGAGACCUUCACGGCACUUCACUCUGGGGGACCCCCCAUUAUUCCACAAGCCUGUGGGGUCCUCCCAGCAGCAGCGACCCCCGGGGAAUUAGCAGCCCAUCCCCCAUUAAUGCUUUUCUUUCUGUUGACCACCUGGGUGGGGGUGGAGAGUCCAUGUAACGGUGUAGACGUAGACUCACAAACUGUGACCUCAAGACGCGAAAGAAAGGAGCACUAAGUUGGGCUCGCCGCCUGCAGCCAGGGGCCACCUGUGGGAACAGCUAUUCUCUGCACAUUUUCCACUUUGUUUUCCCCAAAACAUAUCAGUUUGAAUACUUGAAUCAUGCAGGCCAAUAUUAUAAUGUGAAAAGGUAUCUAUCUAUCUACACUCCCAAAUAGCGCCAUACAUGCUAAGCCGUAUCGAACGAGCUCACUCGUGUGUAUUCAUCAUGUUUAGCCUUCGGAGUCUUUCUUUUUUCUACCCCUCCCCUUCUUUCUCUUUUUUUUUUUUUUCUUUUUUUCUUUUGCAAAACCAUUUUUUGGGCUGAUAAUGUAUGAGCUUUUACCUUUGCACUGAAGGAUGUUCUCUCCGUCUAAUCGGCAACGUGGGGGGGCAGCUGUUCCAGUGUAAGUGUUUACUCAAGGAUGCUCUUCCAAGGUGUGCGCUCUCUACUAUGCCUUGAUGUUGCCUACCUUGUUGUGGUAUCGUGGAGUUUAAAAGAUCAAGUUAUGAUACUGACUUAGGAUUAUUAAUGAAAGUGUUGCACCAGUUUUUUCAUGUUGUAAAACUAAAGAAUUUCGCUCUGCAGUUUGAAAAACUGUGGCCACAGCUGUGACUUGCAGCCCACCUGCCACCCAGGACGGGCCCUGCACUUUGAAUAGGCUUUCCAUUUUGUUUUGAAGGUUCCCACGGUGAACCUUCUUGUUUACAGAUUUUUUUGUUUGUUUUUGAGAAGAAAAAUGUUUACUCUCCAUCAUUUAAAAAAAAUUUAAAAGACAAAAAAAAAAAUGGAGGAUGAUUUAAAAGAUGCUUUCUAUCUCUGGGAAAAAGGAGCAGCAUUUGGCCAUGUUCUUUUGUUUUCUAUUCUUGUCCUAAAUCAAAGAGCAUGGUUCUCAGGAAAACCAGUUCCCCAGUUUAAAAAAAACAAAAAACAAAAAAAAAAUCCUUGUAGUUUCUUAUAGGAAAAAAAAGAAAAACCCCAACUUUUAGCACUGAUACUACGUAUUGCUCUGUUAAAGAAUUUUCUCUGCCAAAAAAACAAAAAACAGGAAAAAAAAAUGCUUAAAGCUGGAGUUUGACAUUCUGCUUUCAGAUGCUGUCUUUUUAUUAGUGAGUGAUGAUGGUUUGCUAAUAAUCAGUAGGUAAUCAUUUUUGUAAUCCCAUCAAGUGGCUCUCUGUUUCUGCUCUCUCGUGACUGUGUUCAUGUUUAACUGUUGUCCCUUAAAGCCGAAAUCCGUAACUAUGCAUACUGUAACCAAGGUAUUGGGCUUACAGAGUUGUUUGUUGUAUAAAGAAAAUUUUAAAUGUUGUUGCAAACUAACGAGUUACACCAUUUUUAAAUUUCUCCCCCCCCCCUUUUUUUGCCCACAAAUGGUAUUAUAAUGCUUGCUUAGUCAAAGAAGAGAGACUAAACAAGGGUAAAAAUUUUAACAGUACAGAAUUUGCCAUCAUUUCAUUGCCUUGAUUCUAACUGUUUGUGUCCUAAGAUGCAAAAGAAGUCAGUGGCUUUUAACUGUUUACAAAUAGAAUGUGAUUGUAAAAUGUACAGUUUGGUUGUGUUUGAAUUAUGAAAUUUCUUCAGAUAUAAUAAACCAUGACUUUUUGGCUGCUCAACAUUAA